AUGGAAGGCGCUGGAGAGAUGAUGCCAGUACCACAACCAGAGACACCCAAAGAACCCAUGGAGUUCUUAUCUCGUUCAUGGAGUUUAUCAGCUUUGGAGAUAUCCAAGGCAUUGCAAGCCAACAAGAAAAAUAGAAAGCAAUCUGACAGAGAAAUGAUUCUCCCAGAGAAGUUAAUGCUUGCAGCCUCUUCUCACAAUCAACACACAGUUUCCAGUACUGUGGUUAACACAAUUGCAGCUCGGCACUCAACAGUGAGGAAAUGGUUUCAUAGCAUGGAGGAUAAGAAGAGCAAAGAGAAAGUGAGAGAAGAGAAGGCAAGGAUUCAUGCUGCAGUGACAGUGGCAAGUGUGGCUGCAGCUGUGGCUGCUGCAAUGGUUACAUGUGAGAGAUCAGAGGAUGAUGAGUGCUCAAAGAUGUGCACAGCCAUGGCUUCUGCAACCCAGCUUUUAGCAUCACACUGUAUAGAGAUUGCAGAGCAGGCUGGAGCUGAGCGUGAGAGAGUGGACUCUGCUAUUAGAUCAGCAGUGGAUGUGAGAACCCCUGGGGAUCUCAUGACACUCACUGCAGCUGCAGCAACAGCAUUGAGAGGAGCAACAGCAUUGAAGAUGAGAAUGCAAAGAGAAUUAAGGAACAAUGCAGCAGUGAUCCCUUGUGAGAAGAGCCAGUGUGGAAGCCCAGGUAUCUGGUGCAAAGCAGGGGAUUUGUUCAAGCGCUCAAGAAAAGGGUCCCUGCACUUGAAGAGAACAUCAAUCUACAUCAACAAAAAAUCACAGGUUAUUGUGAAGCUCAAAACCACACAUCUUGGAGGUGCCAUUUCAAAGAGGAAAAAGAUGAUUGUUUAUGGGGCUUACGAUGAGGUCUCGGCAUGGCGUAGCACACCACCGCAACAACAACUGGGUGAUGCAGAGAGGCAUUGGUUUGGUCUGAGAACAGCUGAAGGUCUUGUUGAGUUUGAGUGCGAGAAUGAGAUGAGCAAACAACAGUGGAUGGAUGGAGUGAACAAUCUGCUUCACCAGGUUAAUAGAAGGAAUGGAGGGUUUGAUGGAAUGGAUAAAUCAUUCCAAUUAUUAAAUCUCAGUUAACCAAGUCUGUUGCACAGC